AAUGUAUUUCCUUGCCGACCCCUAAAAACGGAGGGCUUAGUCCUGCCGGACCGUACAGAUACCAGGACGUGGUAAACUUUACUUGUGACACGGGAUACGAACUGAACGGUACUGCUGACACGAUGUGCCAAGCUAACAGAACAUGGAGUAAUCCUGUUCCAACAUGCACACGCGUACAAUGUAUUUCCUUGACGACCCCUUUGAACGGAAGGCUUAGUUCUGUCGGCCCGUACAGCUACCAGGACGUGGUAAACUUUACCUGUGACACGGGAUACGAACUGAACGGUACUGCUGACACGAUGUGCCAAGCUAACAGAACAUGGAGUAAUCCUGUUCCAACAUGCACACGCGUACAAUGUAUUUCCUUGCCGAACCUUACAAACGGAGAGGUGAGUCCUGCCGGACCGUACAGUUACCAGGACGUGGUAAACUUUACCUGUGACACGGGAUACGAACUGAACGGUACUGCUGACACGAUGUGCCAAGCUAACAGAACAUGGAGUAACCCGGUUCCAACAUGCACACGAAUACAAUGUAUUUCCUUGCCGACCCCUACAAACGGAGUGCUUAGUCCAGCAGGACCGUACAGCUACCAGGACGUGGUAAACUUUACCUGUGACACGGGAUACGAACUGAACGGUACUGCUGACACGAUGUGCCAAGCUAACAGAACAUGGAGUAAUCCUGUUCCAACAUGCACACGCGUACAAUGUAUUUCAUUGCCGACCCUUACAAACGGAGAGGUGACUCCUGCCGGACCGUACAGCUACCAGGACGUGGUAAACUUUACCUGCGACACGGGAUACGAACUGAACGGUACUGCUGACACGAUGUGCCAAGCUAACAGAACAUGGAGUAACCCGGUUCCAACAUGCACACGCGUACAAUGUAUUUCCUUGCCGACCCUUACAAACGGAGAGGUGAGUCCUGCCGGACCGUACAGCUACCAGGACGUGGUAAACUUUACCUGCGACACGGGAUACGAACUGAACGGUACUGCUGACACGAUGUGCCAAGCUAACAGAACAUGGAGUAACCCGGUUCCAACAUGCACACGCGUACAAUGUAUUUCCUUGCCGACCCCUUCGAACGGAGGGCUUAGUUCUGCCGAACCGUACAGAUACCAGGACGUGGUAAACUUUACCUGUGACACGGGAUACGAACUGAACGGUACUGCUGACACGAUGUGCCAAGCUAACAGAAACAUGGAGUAA